GGACAAUCUUUAGGAUAUCUUUCAGAAGCUUCAAAAUUUUCAUUCACAUUAAACAUAUUGUAAAGAACGCAAAAAGAUUAUACGGUACAAAAUGGCGGAUUCCAAGGUUGAAGUUAGAGGACUCGCUGCGUGUAACGAUAGAUGUGGCUGUCCUUCGCCAUGCCCCGGCGGCACGACUUGCAGUUGCGGAGCCGGCGAGGUGGACCACAAGCGGUGCUCGUGCGGGGAGCAUUGCGGAUGCAAUCCAUGCACAUGCAGCCAGGCUGAAGCCGCCGGGGGCAGCGGGACCGGAAAGAUGUACUGCAAAUGUGGUGCCGGUUGUACCUGCGCUACUUGUGCCAAUUGAAUUUUAAGAGCAAAA